UCAAUCCCUAAUUCUCAAACCAUCUUCUUCGCUCUUGCUCUCUUUCUCACUUCCUCUCUUCCUCUCUAAUGGAGAUUUCCAUGAUUCACCGACAAGCAGGGCUCACCAAGCCGGAACUAUUUCCGGUCCGAACCGGCGCCGGUUCAGUUAGCUCGACCAAGCUUAUCUACAGCUCAAACCGAGUUGGGUUUUGUACCACAACUUUCAAGCGGAGGUGCGCCGGUGUUAAGGUUGUCCGAUCAGAGAUUGGCGUUGAUGAGAAGCAAUCCUCGCCGUCCAUUUCUCAACCGAACCAAACCAGGCCGGUUCGGUUAUUUGUGGGUUUACCAAUCGACUCGGUCUCAGACUGCAAAACAGUGAACCACGGCAAAGCAAUCGCAGCGGGUCUCAAAGCACUCAAACUAUUGGGAGCCGAUGGGGUCGACCUCCCGGUUCACUGGGCUCCGGUUCAACCCGAUUCGAUCGACCGGUUCGAUUGGACCGCUUACGUCACUCUAGCCCAAAUGGUUCGUGAAGCUGGUCUCCAUCUUCGCGUUUCCCUUAACCUCUACCCAUCCCCGUUUCCUCGUUUCCCUCUUCCUGAAUGGCUGAAACGCGUUUCCGACUCCGAUCCCGAUCUCUUCAUCACCGACCGAUCUGGCCGCCGCCGCGAGGGGUGCCUCUCCUUCGCCGCCGACGAGCUCCCCGUCCUCUCCGGCAAGACUCCAUUGCAAGCCUUUGAGGCCUUCUUCUCAAGCUUCCGCGAUUCCUUCUCCGAUCUCUUCGGUUCCGUCAUCACGGAUGUGAUGAUCGGUCUAGGACCGGACGGCGAGCUCCGGUACCCAUCGAUCCCGGCGAAGGAUGCUAGAUCGAAGACGGCCGGCGUCGGCGUCGGCGUCGGAGAAUUCCAAUGCUACGAUAAGUACAUGCUUGCAGAUCUAAAGCGUCACGCAGAGAAAUCCGGGCAGCCACUUUGGGGGCUCGCCGGCCCUCACGAUGCGCCGGCGUACAACCAGUCGCCGGAGAACGGCGGGUUCUUCAAAGACCACGGUGGGUCCUGGGAGUCAUCGUACGGUCAGUUCUUCAUCUCUUGGUACACUGAUCUUCUCCUCGCUCAUGGAGAUCGGGUUCUCUCGAUCGCGUCCAAGGUGUUCGACGUUUUGCCUGUGAGAAUCUCCGGGAAGAUCGCGCUCGUCGAUGCGUGGCACCGGAGCCGAGCGCGCCCGGCAGAGCUCAUGGCCGGGUACCGUGACUACGACGCGAUCGCGCGAAUGUUCGCGAAGAACUCAUGCGGCGUUGUGGUGCCGGGAAUGGAGAUGUCCGACGAGGAGAAGCGGAACACAUCGUCAAGCCCGGAGAGUGUGAUGGCGGAGAUCUUGGCGGCGUGCGAGCGGCAUGGUGUUCCGGUGACCGGAGAGAACUACGGCGCCGGCGGGUUUGGUAGGAUCAAGAAGUGUUUGAUGUCUUCGUCGGCGGUGAAGACGUUCACGUAUCAGAGGAUGGGGGUGGAGUUCUUCUCGCCGGAGCACUGGCCUCAGUUCACGGCGUUCGUGAGGGGGUUCGCGGAGAUGGAGCUCGCCGGAGAUGAUGUGGUUUCCUCCGGGGAUACGCUGACGUUGCCGAUGAGCGCCGCUGUGACUCCGGCGACAAGUGCCCGCCGAGAUGAGAUGCAAGCGCAGGCGGUGUAGAAGGUAUCAGGUUUUCUUUGUUGUAUAUUUGUAUUAAAAUAUAUAUAUAGUUUAUAAUUAAGGUUUUUUUGGGGGUUUUUUUUUGUGAUUUAGGUUUGUGAUAAUUAUAAAUAAGGUU